AUGGCGCCCGCAAACUCCAAAGCCAACUACAAGACCUACGAGGCCCAGGCCCGUAUGGUCCGCGCCAUCGUGGCCGCCCACCCGGACGUCAAGUGGAACUACAAGGAAAUCGUCGCAUGUUAUGGCUCGGACAUGACAGACUUUGCACUCAACCACCGUUUCCGCCGCUAUCGCGCCCAGUCCGUCAUCAUCCGCGAGGCGCGCAAGCAGGGCUUCGACAUGAAGAACAUGGGGCUGCCCGAUGACCUUCCCGACGCCCAGGAACGCGUGGACAAGACCAACAUUGCCAAGUACUUUGGCCAGUCGACCGCCGACGGCAUGCAGUUCCAGUUCCGCGGCAUCAAGAAGGACGCCGAGACGCUCCGCCAGACCGUCGCGGCGAACGGCGACGCCGCCAGCUGCCUCAACCUCAGCACCAUGCCCUCCUCCUCGGCCGCCACCACCCCGUCCCGGUCCGCCUUCACCACGCCCACCUCGUCGCGCCGCUCCGGCACGGGCACCGCCCGCAAGCGCCGCAUCGAUCUCAAGCAGGAGUCGAGCGACGACGAGGGCACGGCCGCCGAGGACAGCAACUACAGCGAGCGCGACCAGACGCCCUCGAAGCGCACCAAGACCGUCUCCUCCUCCGCCAUGAUGGCCGCCAACGCCAACACCAUGGCCACCGCCGCCGGAGGAGGACUCGGCGUCACGGGCCAGAAGAACGUGACGCCCCGCCGAGCUGCGCAAAAGGCCAACGUUACGAUCGCCAGCGUCGCGGCGCAGCUCCAAGACAGCGAGUCGCCCACCCCGAUCGAGCGCACCAGCUACCACCACCACACUCCCGUCCAGCCUGCCGCUCCGUCGGUCGAGCGCAAGUCCAUGUUCGGCCCCUUUGGCACCGGCAACGGCGCCGGCAAUCCUGGCAACGCGACCGCCAUGGGCCACAGCGCUGCUCCCGCUUACACUGGCGGCGGCGGAGGCGGCGCUCCUGCUCUCCCGGCGGCCUUUUCUCGCAACGGCUCGGACGUGUGCAUGACCUCGAUGGCCCGCCCCGGCGGCAGCUUCACCUACCCUGCCAUGCCCUAUAUUAACGACGACUUCGAGGACGGCGAGUACUAA